AUGGGAGUAUGCAGCCCUGGAAUGAGACCAGAUGUAAGCUCUCCUCCAUCGAGCUCCUCAACAGCAGCAGGACCUCCUCCCAAACUCUGCCUGGUGUGCUCCGAUGAAGCUUCAGGAUGUCAUUACGGGGUGCUGACAUGUGGAAGCUGUAAAGUAUUCUUUAAAAGAGCAGUGGAAGGACAGCACAAUUACCUUUGUGCUGGAAGAAAUGAUUGCAUCAUUGAUAAAAUUCGAAGAAAAAACUGUCCAGCAUGCCGUUAUCGAAAAUGUCUUCAAGCAGGAAUGAACCUUGAAGCUCGAAAAACAAAGAAAAAAAUUAAAGGGAUUCAGCAAGCUACUGCAGGAGUCUCACAAGACACUUCUGAAAAUCCUAACAAAACAGUAGUUCCUGCAGCAUUGCCACAGCUUACCCCUACCUUGGUGUCACUGCUGGAGGUGAUUGAACCUGAGGUGUUGUAUGCAGGAUACGAUAGCUCUAUACCAGAUUCGGCAUGGAGAAUUAUGUCCACACUCAACAUGUUAGGUGGGCGCCAAGUGAUUGCCGCAGUGAAAUGGGCAAAGGCAAUACCAGGAUUCAGAAACUUACACCUGGAUGACCAAAUGACCCUUCUACAGUACUCAUGGAUGUUCCUUAUGGCAUUUGCCCUGGGCUGGAGAUCAUACAGACAAGCAAGUGGAAACCUGCUGUGCUUUGCUCCUGAUCUGAUUAUUAAUGAGUAA